AUGGCUUCCAGUUCGACAGCGGUACGCAACCAUCUUCCAUGGACACAGCGAGGUGAACGACACAAAGGACGGCAUACAGCAGAGUUGCCUAAUACAUUGGAAAACACGAAACCGUCACUUGACUUUACACAACGAGCCGAGAAAAAGUUAGCCGAGUACAACGCGUCGGAUAACGUCUUUAAGAGGUGGUUGUUUGAGAUCGUGAGUUGGUGCAUCAGUGCGGCUUGUAUGGUCGCAAUCAUCUGCAUCUACCUUCGGAUCAAAAACCACCCUCUAUCUCAAAAUGAAUCAUACCUUAACUGGACAAACGUCCUGGGGAAAGUCUCUUCGGCCGCUCUGAUCGUGCCAACGUCAGAAGCACUUGGCCAACUGAAAUGGAAUUGGUUUCACGAGUCCAAGGCCAUGUGGGACUUCGAAAUAUUCGACAAAGCUUCCAGAGGACCCCUUGGUGCCCUGAUGCUACUCUUUCGAACAAAGGGUCGCUCAUUGGCUGCAUUGGGCGCACUACUUAUCGUUUUGCUUCUUGCGAUCGACACUUUUUUCCAACAGGUGGCAAGUUUCCCGAGUAAAUGGACCUUACACAAACUUCCUGGAGAGAUACCAUACGUGAUUCGCUACGACCCACCUUUCCAACUGGAGUUUCAGGGCGGAUGGGAGACCGCCCGUUAUGAUUCCAACAUAAUGCCUGUCGUUCUACCAUUCCUUUAUAUGAACGGUAGUAAGCCUAUUCCAUUCGGCACAAAUUUUCGUCCAGACAUACCCCUGUCUUGCCCUACCAGCAACUGCACUUGGCCAACGUACGACACACUUGCUGUCUGUAGCAAAUGCGAAGAGGUCAGCGACCUGAUAGACAUCACCUUUGCUUGUUUGGAUACGACGGUAGAUUGGAGUACGAACUGGGAAGGACCUCUUUCCAAGGUUCCUUACCCCACCAACAAAGUGUGUGGGCAUUUUUUGAACGUAACAGCGGACCUUCCCAUCCUUCUCUCGGGCUAUACCGUCCGUACCAAUGGAAGCGAUAUCCAUGAUGAAACUCUGCUACUUAGAACGAUACCGCUCACAAUUCUCUCGAACAAAUCACGUCUUUACGAUGUUGGAUCGGUGGCUUUCAAGAGCAUACGCAACCCUAUUCUUAAUGCGUUAAUAGCUUCUGCAGCCGAUGGCGUGGAAAGCGUCUAUCAGAACAAAACUCCUAUAGUUCAUGAGUGUGUUCUCUCUUUGUGUGUCCAGACCAUUGAAUCGUUCUAUGACCUGGGUGGAUACAAAGAGCGCAUCAUCUCAUCAUACUACAACACCACUAAUGGGCCAAAGAAUCCAUGGGUCUCAUGGGAGGUUCCGUUUGGAGAUGGCGUUGGAACAUGGCUUGGAUACGACGAGGACAUUACUAUCAUACCAGCAAAGAACGAUUCCAACGGUAUCAAGCCUACCGAUACGACGAUUGGAUAUGGCGCCAACAACAUUUCUGCUAGUGCUCUCAUGUUUAUGUUUGAGGAUUUUUUCCCUGCUUCACUCAGCGUCAACAACGUCUCUGCGAUACCCAGACUCAGAUACAGAGAUUAUGAUAUCGGACCUUGCCAGCGCUAUGUUCCAUUCAGUCCCUGGAUGGCACCUAACAAUCUCACGCGACAUGUCGAAAAACUUGCUACAGCAAUGACGAAUCGAAUGAGGUCUUCCGAAAGCAACGAAAUGCUGCAGGGCAAAGCGUUCUACAGCGAACAAUACGUGCUAUUUGGUGUUCUUAGUCUCGACAAUGAUCAAGACAUCCAAAGAUACCACGACCGGUAUCUGGAAGACAUCAACUAUGCCUACACUGAUUUACAGUUUACCAAAAGACGCGCAAAGCAAGCUCAGUCCUUCGUCGACAUGGAACGAUAUCGAUAA